AUGGCUUGGCACAAUUCCAAAGGACACCCACUGGAUCAGCCUCUCUGGACGCUCUCGAGUGGAAAGGUCGCUAACCGUACGUGGUUCUCUGACGCAUGGCGGGCUCUCACGGAUCAUGAAGCGUCGGCGUCUAGCUUCCGCGGACUCGGCUUGCAUCUGCAUAGGAACCCACACGACCCUUACCUGUUGCAGGGGGAGGGGCUGACGAAGUGGAGACCGAUCCAGUCCCUCGUGUGUCUGACGGAUCAUUUCGACGGGCAGUCCGGUGGUCUCAAGGUCGUCCCGGGCUUUCAUAGGCAGAUCGACGAUUACUUCAAGGGACAUGCCGCCGCAGCGGCCGCUGGGGAAGGCGGCGAGUUCUGUAGGCUGAAUGGAAACAAGCAUGACAACAGGUUGCCUCACGCCACCGCGGCGUAUCUUUCUGGAGCCGACACUAGGGAGGUCGUCUACACCGGAUUCCUUCCAGCAACGCGAAACAACGCAGCGUAUGUCGCUGCGCAACUGGCUGCCAUCGAUAAGAACAUCGCGCCUCCAGCUUACAAGGAGGGUGAAGAGGUAGCUGACCGGGAUUGGGAUCUGGACAUCCUCAGCGCGACGCAGCGAGGACUGCUUGGAAUCGGGCGGUGAUGGUGGAAGGGUUGGAAGUUCUCUCCGUAUGCUUCAAGACAAGGAGCCAUUGCUUGUCUUGAGAUUCGAAUGUUUCUACUCGUGCCAAGGUCUCGUAUCAUACUCGCCCGCAGUCGCGCCGAGGGCGCUCCGGCGGGAUCCUGGAAGAAAGUGCCCGGCUUCACGCACCGCGGGAAGUACCGGGUCGAGUAUGAUACGAGACCUUUGGCACGGGCAGAAUGGUUCUUCAAAAUGUAGAAAAACAACGCGUUAUCAAUAAAAGCUCUAGAAGCGCUCCAGUUUCGU